CACGAUGCAUUCGUUUUAUAGGUAAUCUAAAUGUCUGUAUCCGGGCGGCAAUGCAUCUGUAAAGCUUCAAUUCCUGGCGAGGAAAAACUUGGCGAACCUGGACUGAAACAAAGGAAUGUAUUGAGUGGCUUGUUAUUUGCUCAUCACUGGAAUGGCAUACUUGUUCUAUAACUUUCUUUUGUUCGGCAGUGGAGCACUUUUAUUUUUCGCGCCUGGUUGGGCCAUUUGCCCCGAGCUAUGCGAGUGCCAGCACGCGCAGCAUAUCCUCUGCGCAAAUCGCGGUCUGCGCGUGGUGCCCAAAGCGCCGCAGGUGGAGCGCGCAGGGGACGUGCUGGUUCUCGGUCUUGCGGGAAACUUCAUUCACAACCUCAGCGCGUUCGACUUCAUGCGCUAUGGGAACCUAAUCAGGCUAAAUCUCCAGUUUAACCAAAUAAGGAAUAUACAUCCUAAAGCAUUCGAGAAACUCUCCAUGCUGGAGGAGCUUUAUCUGGGCAACAACUUAAUCUCGACAAUACAACCUGGGACUCUACAGUCGCUGAAAAAACUCACAAUAUUAUAUAGCAAUAACAACGAAAUCAAGGACUUUGUUUCCGAACCUUUUAGCCAUCUAAAUAGUUUAGUCAAACUGAGACUUGAUGGAAAUUUAAUUGAGUUUUUAAAAGAAUCCGUCUUCAAAGGACUGACCAAUUUAAUGUUCCUGCAAUUAGAAUCGAACCAGCUUCGCCAUAUUGACCGCAAUGCGUUCGCGCUGCUCAGCAAACUGCAGUUUUUAAACCUAUCAGAUAAUAAACAAACAGAACUGCGCGAUAUUUUCAUGUUUUCCCAUCUCAAGUCACUAACAACUCUUCUAAUCGCAGGCAACCAAAUAAAGCACAUUGGAAAUCACGUCUUUCAGAACUUGAAAAAGUUAACAAAACUUUCGUUGAGCCACAACAAGAUAUCAAAGCUGGACAACGAAGCGCUCAGGGGUCUCGCGCGAGUGAAAGAGUUGAAGAUUGACAGGAACGAGCUGACAGAGGUCCCUGCUGGUCUUCUAGACCCGCUGGAGCGCAUCGAGAACCUGGACUUCAGUGACAAUCACAUAUCUCGCGUGGACCCCGGUGCUUUCGGCCACCUUUCACAUCUAAAAAUCUUAAAAUUGAAAAACAACCGUCUUGUGAAUCUCUCCGGUGGAAUUUUCGCCACAAACGGCGUUUUGUUUCACGUGGAACUGAAUGGGAAUAACUGGACUUGCGACUGCCGGAUGGAGAAGUUUAGAAGUUGGAUGACGCAUGCGCAUUCUCAGGGAAAGCUGUUGACCGUGUUUGUGCGCUGCCUUCACCCCCCACAACUCCCAGCUGGGACCCCAGUGCUGGCGGGAAAAUACUUGGACUAUGUCAGCAACUCCCAGCUGGGAAAUAUGAGUGGUUACUGCGAGUCAGAACCUCAGCCAAUGGAGAGCCGUGGAGCAGUAGUGGAGUCACCGGUUCUCAAGGAGGAAAGAGAGAAGCGAGAAGGUGAAAAACAUGGAGAUGUAGGUGUCCAAGGGGAUGAGGGGGAGCAAGGGCUUGUGACAACACUAGACAGAAAGAAGAAGAGGAAACUGGUCAGCUCAAGGCCAAGACCCACAGCUGGGAAAACAGGGAAUGGCUCUUUAUCUGAUUUUCCAACGACAACGGCCACGUUCUUGACAGGCCACAACCACAGCACCUUUGCUUGGGCCCCACAGGAGCAGUUCAACCUGCCCUUACAAGACAGAGCCAAGCAUCAUGACUCAAAGAUUGAAGUGAUCACUGAUGCAUGUCAAUUCAAUCGUCACUCCAUCCUGAACGUUAGCAUGGAAGAUGUCACUUCCAGUACAGCCACAGUCCGCUGGAGCACAAUUCCUGACGUUGGACUAGUUCAUGGGAAAGAACUUCUCUUUCGGGUUUUAUUUGACCGUUUCGGCCAUGCUUUCCGCUUCCCACGCUAUGUUUACACAGAUGGAUCUGACCGGGCAGUGACCCUCCAAGAGCUCCGCCCAGACUCCACCUACAUCACCUGCGUGGAGAGCGUUGUGGGUGGAGCUUUGUGCCAGGUUGCCCCCAGAGAUCACUGCACUGGAUUUGUCACACUUUUGCCCUUGGUGACAAGUGAAGUCAAUCUACAGCUUGUCACAGUAGCAGCCCUGGCGGCCAAUGCGCUGCUCCUCCUUGUGGUGGGCGGAGUCUGGCUGGGGCGUGUGUUGAAGAGGCGGAUCAGAAGCAGGAAGUCGUCCACUCAUGCACAUGUACGUCACAUGUACUCAACCAGACAUCCAUUUCGCUCUACUGUGGCCACUACCUGUGUCUCUUCUGAAUUCAGUGGUUACCAGAGUGGCAGACAACUGGCUGAAGAAGGUGACCUCAUCCAGUUCCCCGGCGACCGCUUCUUUGACAACAGCCAUGCACGAAGAGAUGAUGAUGUCAUAAUGCUUAGAUACUCAGACUGAAAUAUAGUUUGUGUGUGAGAAAAUAAUAGACAAUUUUGGCAAAAAAUCAUUUUGGACACAAAUGAGUAACCACUGAAACGGCAAUUUUUUUCUUUUCUUUUUCAUCUUUAAAUUUAUUUUGAUUGAUUGUCUAGGCCUCAGCUGCUGGUUGGCAGAAUUGCUUGGUUUUGGAAUGAAUGUCUUUGUGUCUUUGUAGAUAAUAUAUUACUUAUUUACCCUAUAUAGAUAUACUGCAGUAUUCCAUGCAUGUAUAUCAAUCCGUGAGGUACAGCACAGGAAAAGUCUUUUGAUACAUUUUAUACGUUUCACUUUCAUGAUUGUUUUUUUUUUUUAAUAAAUACGUAGUCUUUAUUAGUAAUUGUGUAAUGGUUUCCAUGUUUUGUCUUUAUAAUUAAUUCACUUCCGACAUUCAGAAUUCUACAAUAGACCGUAGCAGGUUUAGACGCCAUAUUGAAUUUAAUACCAGAUGAAGACAGGGCUUUGAGGGAGAGAGGUUAUAUUUAUGAUAGCACAUACUGUAUAGUCAUAGUCAUAGACCAUGUA